AUGGACAAUGCCCGAGAGUCGCCCACAGACCGAGGUGGAGAGACAAGGGAGUCAGAGGAAACGGUGGCUGCCCCCCGGGACCCAGGGGCUACCAAUACCUACGGAAUCCUGGAGGAAACUGACAGAAAUGGAGAUUCGGAUCUAAGAGAAACCACGAUGGAGAAAGGGAAGCUCAAGAUUCAGGAUGCCUCAGAUUUAACAGCAAGUGAGAGGGAAGACUCAUCGUUCCUAGCUCCUGCAGCCAAAAAACUGAAAAUAGAUACCACAGGAAAGAAAGAGAAGCAAAAAGUGGAUGAAGAUGAGACUCAGAAGAUGCAAAUCCUGGUUUCUUCUUUUUCUGAGGAACAGCUGAACCGUUAUGACAUGUAUCGCCGGUCAGCUUUCCCUAAGGAAGCCGUGAAGGGGCUGAUCCAGUCUAUCUCUGGCACCUCUGUGUCUCAGAAUGUUGUUAUUGCCAUGUCUGGGAUUUCCAAGGUGUUCGUCGGGGAGGUCGUAGAAGCAGCCCUGGAUGUGUGUGAGAAGUGGGGAGAACAGCCACCGCUACAACCCAAACAUCUGAGGGAGGCCGUUCGAAGGUUAACAUCAAAGGGAUAA